GAUGCAAGAAGGGGCAGGACUGCAGAUGGGAGUCUGACUAAAUGGAGGAAGUUCUACAACUGAUUGCCGUUUACUUCUGAUAAGAAACUGCAAACAAGCAUCAACCCUUUGAAAAGAUAUGGCAACUGCACUCUUUGGAUUACUGACAGCAGAGAGGAAGCCAGUUGCUCUUAAGGAGAUCUUGGUGUCUGUGCAUGUGAAGGGUAUCAUUGCAGAUGUUACUGCAACACUCCUGUACAAGAAUGAGUUACAAGACCCGGUGGAAGCUGUGUUUAUCUUCCCAAUGGAUGAUGAUGCUGUUGUGUAUAAAUUUGAUGCAAUGAUUGAUGGGAAAACUAUCAUCGCAGAAAUUAAAGAGAAAAAUACUGCCUAUCAAGUCUAUGAUGAUGCCAUCAGCAGUGGACAACAGGCAUUUCUGCUCAAAGAAGAUGAAAUGAGUUCAGAUAUCUUCCAUUGUACUGUGGGUAAUCUGCCACCUGCACAAGAAGCAGCAGUCUGUAUCUCAUAUGUUAUUCAGCUCUUUCUAGAAGCAGACCAAGCUGCACGAUUUGUACUGCCAGCUGUUCUUAACCCACGCUACUGUCCAGCAGACUACCCAGGUCAGAAUGUUACUCAAAGCAUAUCUCGAGUGGCUCCAGACCACCUACCCUAUAUGCUACACCUGACCCUCCAAGUGGAGGGAGUGCAGGAAAUCCAGGCUAUUAAAUCUAAUUGUGCACUUACAGAUAUUGUCUACAGUGAUGACCUGAAGACCUCAGCACAGACAAGACUAAAGGAUGGACACAAGUUUGACAGAGAUGUUGAAAUUCUGAUUUAUUACCUGAACCCAUGCUUAACCUAUGGUCUGGUGGAGAAAGGAAAUGCAUCAUCCCCACAAGGAACCAUAAUGGCAGAUCCAAUUGUGACACUGUGUAUAUAUCCAGACAUUCAAGCUGACAGUACAGAUACUUACCAAGAGUUUAUUUUUGUUGUUGAUCGGUCUGGAAGCAUGUCAAACCUGAUUAGACGGACAUCUGAGAAAACCAAGAUUGAAACUGCAAAGGAAACACUAGUCUUGCUUCUUAAAAGUCUGAGAGAGGGAUGUUUCUUCAAUAUUUAUGGAUUUGGUGAUACAUUUGAGUCAUUAUUUCGAAAGAGUGUGGAAUACAAUCAGAAGUCAAUGAAUUCUGCCAUGAAAAAAAUAAAAUCAUUUGAUUCAGACCUUGGUGGAACAAAUAUCCUUGAGCCACUUCAACACAUUUUUUCAAAGUCCCUAAAAAAGGGUUACAGUCGCCAGGUCUUUCUUUUAACAGAUGGAGAGGUUGGCAACACUGAAACAAUUAUUGAAGAAGUAGAAAAGCAUGCCAGCACACAUCGGUUUUUCACACUUGGGAUUGGUGAAGGGGCCUCAACAUCCCUGAUAAAAGGGGUGGCAACAGCUUCUUAUGGUAAAUAUGACUUCAUCACAGGAAAGGACAGGAUGCAGGCAAAGGUGUUAAGGUGUCUGAAACUGGCCUUCCAGAGAAGUGCUACUAAUAUCUCCUUGCACUGGAAACUUCCUGGUGGAGUGGAAGCAGUGGUCUGUCUUAAGGCUCCAGAUGUUGUAUUCUAUCAAGAAAGGAUUGUCAUCUAUGCUCAGCUUAAGGGUCUGGUAAGGCACUGA